GCAGACCUCUUCCAACGAUGCAAGACACGGAUUAAACAAAGGGAAAGGCAAUAAUAGAGCAGAGGAAGGAAAGCCCUACGAAACUCGGCAGCCUGCCAGCCUAGCUGCCGCAGCGGUGGAGCGCCCAAGUAGCCACUAGUCCUCACUCCCCACCCACAGCAGUCCAUCACCCACCCCUUCCGCUCUGGUCCGAGGCGCACAUAGAUACAGAGGAGCACGCACGAAGCCAAGCCUGACUGCGUCUUCUUCUUGCUUCCUCCUGUGCUUCGUUCUCUCUCCCCCAGCCUCCUCUCGUCCCUCUCUUCUUGGCUUCUUGCACGCCUCUCUCCUUGGGUUGGGUCCAAGAAGCGGAAAAGGGCAGGAAGGCGGGGGCAGGAUGAAGGCGGGGGAGCGGCCGAAGCUGGUCCGGGGCCUCCGGCAGGAGUCGCGGCGGUUCCGGCUGCUGGUCAUCGUCGUCGGCUUCUUCCUCGUCUCCCUCACCUUCGUCGUCGUCUCCAAGCCCGAUGCCAUCCUCUUCAGCCUGAACGGCAAGCUACCGGUGGACCAGGCGCCGACGUCCAUCCUGAUCCAGCAGAAGGUCAACUCGCCCCCCGCCACGUCCUGGAAGACCUCCACCGACGCUCUCCGUGGAGAUCCCAGAGUGGUGGACGACGAAGCCUAUGUGAAACCAAAAGGGACCAAAGGCGAGGAGGAAGAGAGCCGGGUGCUGAACGAGCUGGACCCGACCAGCGGAAUGACGGAGCUGACCCCUGACAAGGACGGCAGCGGCCAUACAUCCGACGAGGAGACGUUAGGCGGUGGAGGUGACGGGGAGCGGAAAGGGAAGGAGAAGGAGCGUGGGCACACGGCAGGGGAGAAGCAUAAAGUCACCCUCCCAACCGUUUCCAAUUAUACCAUUCGUGACACCGAAAAUGCCAAGCAAGACGGUACGAGCAAUGUCCAGCAGGGGAGCAAGCCUUUGUGUGAUUUCUCAAAUUUUAGAGCAAAUGUGUGUGAGAUGCGUGGUGAUGUUAUUGUUCACCCGAAUGCCACUUCGAUCUUGUACAUGGAGCCUGAAGGUUCGCAGAGAGAUGAGCUGUGGAAAAUAAAGCCAUACCCUCGGAAAGGGGACGAGUUCUGCCUUAGCCAUAUCACUGAGCUGACAGUGAAAUCAAGCAAAGUGGCCCCUGAAUGCACCAAGUACCACGAUGUGCCUGCUGUGAUAUUUUCAUUGACAGGAUACACCGGAAAUCUGUUCCAUGACUUUACGGAUGUGAUGGUUCCUCUUUUCACGACUGCAAGCGAGUUCAAUGGAGAAGUUCAGUUCCUUAUAACAGACAUGGCACUAUGGUGGACGAUCAAGUAUCAGACUGUGCUCCAGAAGUUAUCCAAAUACCCUGUGAUCGAUUUCAGCAAGGAUGACCAGGUGCAUUGCUUCAAGCAUGUCAUCGUCGGCCUGCAUGCUUACAUGGAGUUCACAAUCGACUCGUCGAAGGCCCCACACAACUAUUCGAUGGUUGAUUUCAGCAGAUUCAUGCGCGGAGCUUACUCACUGGGCAGGGACACCGUUACCGUGCUCGGAGAGUACCCUAAGGUCAAGCCCAGAUUGCUUAUCAUCAAGAGGCACCGUACAAGAAUGUUCCUCAACCUCGAUGAGAUCAUUGCAAUGGCUGAGGAGCUCGGCUUUGAGGUAGUGAUUGAUGAGGCCAAUGUGAGCUCAGAUAUCUCCAGGUUCGCCAGGCUGGUUAACUCCGUCGACGUGAUGAUGGGAGUCCAUGGAGCUGGCCUCACAAACUGUGUGUACUUGCCACAGAAUGCCGCGCUGAUUCAGAUAGUGCCGUGGGGCGGGCUGGAAUGGGUAUCCCGCACCGAUUUCGGCAACCCAGCGGAGCUCAUGGGCCUGCGAUACAAGCAAUACAGCAUCAGCGUCGACGAGAGCAGCCUCACGGAUCAAUACCCCAGUGACCAUGCGAUCUUCAAGAACCCUAUUUCGUUCCACAAGCGUGGAUUCGACUUCAUCAGGCAGACCUUCAUGGACAAGCAGAAUGUGAAGCUGGAUGGCAAGAGGUUCAGGCAUGUUCUCCUCGAGGCACUGGAUAACCUCAACCCAUAAAGGUCGUGGAUUCGCUAUUGGGCAAUGGUGUUUGAGAUUCUUGUAUACAGUCCAUUUUUUACCAUUCGUUGCCUUUUAGUAAAAUUUGUUGUUCGUUCUGUCCCUACAUGACGAGAAGGUGCGUAUUGUCGAAAUUGUAGAAACUGGUUUAGAAACUAUUGUGUAUACUGUAUAAAUUGCCGUCGGUGCAAAGAUGGAACGAAAUUCAUUCUAAUCAUGUAUAGCCUCCUCGAAAAAGAAUAUCAAAUGUUUCUGUAGUCA